AUGAUCCCGACCGAGAGCAGCGAGGAUUGCCUGCACCUGAACAUCUGGACCCCGGUCGUGCGUCCAUUCUGCGCCUUCGACUGCAACCCGAGAACCGUGAUUCUCUUUUUCUACGGCCGGGACUUCGAGCACGGCUGCAACAACCUAGAUCUGUACGACGGCAGGGCGCUGUCCGCCCGUGGCGACGUCCUUGUUGUGGUCCCCAACUACCGCCUCGGAGUGUUCGGCUUCUUGAACGCCCACAUGCCCGAUGCUCCGGGAAACGUGGGUUUGCUGGACAUGCUGCUCGCCCUCAAGUGGGUACAGGAGAACAUCGACGCCUUCGCGGGAGACCCCAGAAAUAUUGUGCUCUUUGGGCACGACACGGGCGCCACCUCCCUGGGCUACUUCCUGCUGCACCCCGGCCUGCUCAAGGCCCACCGGCGCCUCAUCCUGCACUCGGGCAGUCCGCUGCGGCCCCUGCGGGACAACACGGCCGGUGCCCUGGCCAACCUCCGGGCCCUCGCCAGCAGCGCGUCCUGCCCCGCCGCUGCCGGCGACCCCGGAGGCUCGGUCGACUGCCUCCGCAACCUCACGGUUCCCGAGCUGCAGCGGGCGUCGGAUCGCCUUCGCAUCGCCCUGGGUCCGCGCUUUGUGCCCAGCUUCGACAGCUUUCCCAUGAUGGAGUCGCCUUUCGGGGUGGCGAGGUCGAAGCUCUUCGAGGAUAAGCAGGUGCUGGUGGCCAGUGUUGUGGACGAAGGGGCCUUCGAGAUCGGCGUCGUAGAGAGGACCUACCUCUGGGACUUGGCGGACAACCAGACAGCGAUGGCGAUCGGGCUUAUGGCCGCUCUCGAACUGUACCUGAACGAGCGAGACCCCGCCAACAACUGCUCGGACUACUUGCGCAAGUUCGCCGAAGAGCUGGAACACAAGAGCUUGAAGUCCAAACAGCUGGUCAGGAGUGCCUGGCGGGACUUUUUGGGCAAGUUUUUCUUCGACUGCCCACUCGAGUACUGGGCACAGAAUCUGACGUCAGCGUCUAAGCUGCACCUCUUCCGCUUCCGGCACAGGCCGCGCCGAAACACAGAAAAGGUGACGGCGCGCAACGAUGACCUGGAGCUGGUGUUUGGAAGACCCCUCAUCACUGGCGUCACCGGGACCAUGAGCAAUCUCAGCAAGAAAGUCAUCGACUUUUGGAGCUACUUCGCCAGGACAGGGUCUCUUCCCGCGGUGUCGAAGGCGGUCCAGUGGCCGCAGUUCAGGUCCGAGAGCCCGGCACGCAUCGAGGUCUUCGACACGGGCUUCGUCACUUACAGGGCCGGCGUGUCGGAGAGCUGCACGCAGCUCAUGCCUCUCAUCUACCCGCGUGUCCACGGGUGGGACACCAAGACCGCCGCCCGACCCGGGACCUUCACGUUUCUGGGGGAGCGCAAAGGCAGAUAACAAGUCGACGAAGACACGGCUGUAGAUUUUGUUUUUUUUUAUUUGCUAAUAUUGCAACGAGAAUUUCUAGUUUUUUGUACAUUCGGCCUUACAAAGGCGGAACAGACUCUUAUAUGCUUUGAUUGAUUUGGAAUUUGGAGGUCAUAAAAUAAUACAGAAAUUCAAAUCUACGCUAUAAAUAUGUUUGCGUCAUCAGAAGCAUGAGUAUGCAGGGCUAAUGCCUAGCUUUAGAAUGUACGUUUACACUCUUGCACCAUAUAGUUCUUUCGCCAGAUCACAGGCCAGUCGUCUGUUUUACUCUAAGCGCCUUAGUGUGAUUAAAGGACA